GACAAUAUUGACAAAGUUAAAAACCUCAGACAGUUAAAAUCACUUGAACCAAAAGAGCCGGAAAUUUUAGUUGAAACAAAUCAACAUUUGGUUAAACAACCAGCAAUUGUGAGAGUUUUCAUAUCAUCAACUUUUAAAGACAUGCACAGUGAGCGAGAUCUUCUUGUUCGAAACAUUUUUCCUGAGUUACGACGACGUGCAGCCAUGCGAAACAUCCAGGUGUACGAGAGCGACCUCCGGUGGGGAACCAACCCUGAACAUCAACAUCAUAUAUUAAACAUUUGUUUGAAUGAAAUUGAACCGAUGUCAUUUGUUUGUUGGUAUACUUGGUGAAAGAUAUGGUCAUGUGAUGAAGAGAUCUGAUCUCUCAUUGGUCGAUAUUUCAUGGUUGAACGAACUCCCAACCACACGUUCAGUCACCGAGUAUGAAAUGCUCGCUGGAGGCCUCAAUGAAGCGGAACAAAAUGAAUCAAAAUCUUUUUUCUAUUUCCGAGAUUCUAAUUCAUUAAAGAAAAAAAUCCCGAAAAAAUUUAAACAAGAUUUUUAUGAAACAAGUGAAAAGAAAAGAGAAAAGUUAAAGAAUCUCAAGAAAAGAAUUAUUUCAUCUGGUCUUCCCCUUCAUACUUACACUUGCUCUGUUGGUGAGGAAAAGGAGGGGAAACUGGAACUAACCGGUUUAAACCAGUUUGACGAACAGGUGUUGGAAGAUUUGUGGCAAGCAAUUCUUAAAUUGCAUCCAAGUGAAGAUGUUGUUUCAGAGGUGGAUGAGAUGUCACUUAUUCAAGUCCAGACCCAACAAACCUUUUCAUCUUCGUUUGUUGGUCGUGAACCUUUAAUUAAAACUUGCUUACCCCAUAUGGGAUCUAAUGAUAAGACCGAUCAUGGUGGACUUGUAGUGUUGGUAGGAAUGGAAGGGGUGGGGAAGUCAAGCAUGAUGUCAGCUCUUAUACAUCAUGCACAAAGUAAAAGUGGAAAGGAACACGUUUGUGGGAAUGCAAAUCUCUUCUAUUACAUUGGAAACUCAUCUCCACAUUGUAAGGACGUCAAGUUUAUGUUGCAUUACUUCACAUUAACACUGCGGGACUUACUUCAUAACACAGAGGAUCAAGCAGAGCUGAGUAGUUAUGAAGACACAGUCAAAUUAUUUUGGUUUUAUGUCGAAAAAUUUACCAAGAAAACAAGAAAUAAGAUUUCUAUGUUUAUUGAUAACUUGGAUGGGAUAAGUGAUGAAAAUCUAACACGAAAUUUACAAUGGUUACCUGACCCCGUACCAACCAAUGUUACUUUGUUUGUUACUUGUUGUAUGGACACUGAAAUACACUGGGUGUUGCAAAACAGAAGGAAUGCCGUGUUUCUUAAAAUCCCACCAUUAAGUAUAAGGGACAAAUCACGAGUUAUCCGAACCAUGUUAUCACAUCAUGGGAAAUCCCUCAACCAAUCAAACUUCAACAACCAACUACAGCGGAUGGUAUCUAAACAUGGGGCAAGUAACCCGCUUUAUCUACAAACUGCUUGUCAGUACAUGAGGUUAUUUUCUAUUUACGAAACUCUUCAAGAAGAUAUAGAUUCAUUACCCCACGACCUACCCAAGUUACUAGAUGCAUGGUUGACAAAGGUGGAAGCAGGAUCCAGUACUCUUAUACUUGGGUUGAUAUAUUGCUGUGUGAAUGGGGUGGGGGAAGAAGACGUAUUUGAAGCUGUUCAACUGUACAAGAAGUGCAUAUACCCCGAGAAACCAAGAAAGUUAAAAAGAUCAACUUUUUGUCGGAUUUUAAACAAUCACAACAUCUUCUUCACUCGAUCUAGGAGUGGAAGUUUCAUCUCGUUUGCUCACAAGAUCUACGCUGAUGCUGUAAAGUUAAGAUACUUCAGUGGCUUAGCUGGGAAAAACAAGCUUACACUAUGCCACAAGUUAUUGGCGAAGAUCAAGGCAAACAAACUAACGGCCCGAGUUGAUUUGACUCCAAGUGCUUAUUCCAAUGCAUUGCUGGCUUUACCACAACAUCUUGCUAUGUCUGGUAAUGGGACAGCGUUGGUGCAUCUACUUAGUGAUGUAAACUAUUUAAAAGCAAAAUGCCACAUUGGACAAACUACUCAACUUAUUCAAGAAUUCAAUUUAUUGAAGCAGCUUAAAGUGAAUGACAGAACAUGCAUGAUGCUACACAACAUACUAUCUACUUCACACCAUAUGAUCAAACCAAACCCUGGGAUAUUGGACCAGAUGAUAGUUAAUGUGUUACCAGGAUCACACCUCGCUUGUGGUGUGUUGGAUAAAUAUAAAGAAUCUCAUCUCUCCACCGUAAGUUCAACUUACAUUGUAGAAUGCAUGACAAUGAAGCAAAACAGAAGCCAUUGUUACAAAACAUUCAAUGAUUUCAGCAACAAUCACCCAACCUUUGCAGCCAUUUCUACAAAUGGGCAACUCCUUGCAUGUGGAACAACAUCAGGUGACACAGGUGUUUACAACAUCAACGAUGGAACAAAACAUCAACAUCUUCCUUAUGGCAGCCUUGUCACUUGCCUCACCUUCAUUAAUGAUCAGUUUCUUGCAUCUGGGCACAAAGAUGGCGGUCUUAUCAUAUGGGAUGUGAAAGGUGGGUUCAUGGUGAACGAAUUAAGGCAUCAUCAUCACGAAAUAUCAUCUAUCACCUCCAACCCCCCAACAUCAACCUUAAUAUCCACAUCAUAUGAUCGUAGCUUCUCUGUGUGGCAGCUGGCCUCAAAUUUAAAGCGGACGUCAAAACCAGUCAAGCGGGACGUCAUAAAAUCGAUUCACACGAAUGAUUUCGUCCCGAAUUGUUCGGCACUUCACCCAGUGAUGCGGAAAGUAGCGAUCGGGUUAUGGGAUGCAAGCAUCAGGAUCUGGGAUCUUACUUCUUGGAAGAGAGUGGCAGUGUUGAGAGGUUCAAAGGCAUCGGUAACAUCAUUGGUAUAUUCACCAUGUGGAACUUACUUAAUGUCAACUGCAUUGCACAAAGAUGGCAUCAACGUAUGGUCGGCUUCAACUGGUUCUAUAGUUGGUACAUUCGGGGGCAACCAGGGUAGUGUCUACAGAUCUCUCUCUUAUUUACCUGGGAACUCUCUACUGGCAGCAAGUGGUGGAACACGGGGUGCACAAUCUGAAGGAAUUUUAAAACUUUGGUCGGGAAACCUUGGUGUGAAAGUUAAUUCAUUCACAAACCAUGAGCACUUAGGAAAUGCAUUGUCCUGUCGAUUCAAUUGUGACAAAACAAUGGUUGCUGUCGGAUACCACGACAACCAGGUUGCCGUGUUUAACGCUGGACUCGGAAAACUGGUCAGUCAUGCAUCACUGCACAAGGGACCUGUGACGUGUGUGUCAUGGAUUGGGAGCAAACAUGGCAAACUUGUGGUCACUGGUUCUGUGGAUUCAACAUUAAAAGUAUUUUCCAUUCAAAGUGAAACAUUGGUGGCCACCUGCAAUGGACAUACAGAUGAAGUGUUAUCAGUGUCAACCUCUGACACAUGGAUUGCAUCAUCUUCACAAGAUGUUACCAUCAUGUUAUGGUGGGUUAAUGGUGUGGUUAAGGGUGGGGUGGUGUCGCCUACAUAUAUUCUACAUUCACAUGUUGCGGCACCACUGUGUGUGGAUUUCAAUCAAGAUGGAACUCAACUUGUAUCUUGUGGAAAAGAUAGAUCGCUCAUCUACUGGAUGGUACCACCUCAGGGGAACCCCCAUGACAAGUCUAUUGAACCGCGACUUAAGAAUCAGGACGCUCAUCAAGAUUGGAUAACAUGUUGUUCAUGGAAUACAUCAUCUGAUCACUUGGUUACUGGAUCGAAUGAUUUUACUUUGAAGAUUUGGUUGAAUGAAAAAUGUUUAUUUCAUAUGAAGGGACAUACAACAUGUGUUACUUCAGUGGCUUAUUCAUAUGGUUGCAUUGUAUCUACUGCAGCAGAUGGUGAAGUGAAGUUAUGGUCACACCAUGGUGUUGCCAUAACUACAAUGAACAACAGUUCAACUGUGAGAGUGAACGCAUGUGAUCUAAUUGUAACAACUAAACAACAACAACAAGUAGAGCAAGAAGAAACUUUGGAUUUUAAAGCAACCAACGAUGAAACGAAUCAACCUGAUUGGUCGGUUCAAGUUGAUAUUGACGAAUGGGACGACAAGCACAAAAGUAAGUUGCCGGGAGCAACAAAGAAGACAACCAAUGGCAUGGAAGUAGACGUUGUUACCGUGGUUACGGCUCAUGAUGAUGGACUGGCUCAUCUCUGGCACCCACUGGUGGGUGAAGAAAAAUUGUCACUAUUCGGACACACAGCGUCAAUCAACCAGGUUGCCACAUCAGAUACAACCCUUGUAUCUUGUUCAUUGGAUGGAAGCGUUAAGUGUUGGGAUGUUACAAUGCUAGAUGGUGAUAGUGGGGGGGUGGCUGGGAUAAGCCAUGAUGCAGAGAUAACCUCACUAACAACAAGUUACAACCUUGUUAUCACUGGUUGUAUGAAUGGCUGGUUGAAAGUAUGGGUGAUGGGGGUAGAUGGGGAGGCAUCACUUCAGUAUUGUUUGCAGGCGCAUAAAAAGAAAAUCAACUUCAUUGAAAUGUUGGAGUUUGAAAAUAAAAGCGACUUUAUACUGGUUACGACUAGUUUUGACCAGUUUGUUAAAGUCUGGAAGGCAGGUAGAAGAAAUGAGAUGAGAUUACUUAAAGCAACUUCUUUCCAAUCUCCAAUCAAUGUAUUCAUGAAGAAAGAAGAAGGAAGCUACCUUGUAUCUGAUCUAAGAGGAGUUGUUCACUUACUUGACAUCAAUCAAAUGAACUAUGUGACAAUUACAAGCAAAAAAAGUGACCUUCCAGUUCAAUUCUCUUUACUUUUGGAUACAAACAAUUACAAAGAUAUUCCAACAAAUGCAGAUAAGUUCCACACAGUGAGUUGCACGUGUGAUAUCAGUGAUGGGAAUAUUAUAUAUGGAGAUGUGGAGGGUUGGAUUCAUUUCUAUCCAUCCAGGGAAAAGAGAAAGGUUCAUAAUGGAAAAGUAACAUCAGUAUUACAUCAUAAUGACAUCAUUAUUACAUCAUCAUUGGACAGAAAAAUCAAGUUAUGGAAAAAAUCCCCAUUUGACCAGGUCGGGGAAUUCACCACUCCAAGUGCAGUGACUAGAUGUCAUCUGAUGUUAUUUGGAUCUCAGUUAAAAAUAUUAGCAGCAGAUAUCAGGGGGAGCGUUCAUGUACUCAGGGUUUUUGAAAACUCCCUUUAACUGUUAAAUCAGUGCUGCAUAUCUGGUUUAUGGUGAAACAUAAAUGCAGCAUUACCUUUAUUGUCUUAUAGCAAAACUAGUGUGUAGCAUUACAAUGUCUGUAACAUUAGGUUCCACUUGAAAACCACAACACUUUUUGUAAGUUUGGUAAAAUGGCAUUCUAGUUGCAGAACCCUUUAAACCUAGAUGGCAAUUAAAUUUCCACUUACCUUGAAUUAACUUACAGUUAUGAAAUAUCUGAUUUAAUCAAGGUAUUGCUUUCACAAAUGCAAUUAAUUCUGUUUUUACAUUAAAAUUGGCUGCAACAGAAAUUACCACAAUACCGUGUUUACAAAAUUUGUGCAAAAUUUGUUUUAGGUGUUUAACCCCAAUAUACUGUUUAUCACAUGAGCCUUUUUAUUGAAAAAUGAUUAUAAGUUAUGCACUUCCUUAGUUUUAAUUCAUUUUAAUGAAAUUUUCUUGUACUUUUUUAUUGCAACAUGUAUAAUAUGCACUAUUAGUAAGGUUUGUUUCACUUUACCGGAUAUACUUCACUUCAAUGAGUUUUAAAGUUGCUGCAUUGCUUGUUACUCUGUGAUACAUGAAUUAUAAAUCGACAUAGAUCAUAUAUCAUAUAACCGUCACCCAUCAAACUGACAUUUUUUCAUUAUAUCAAUGAAUUUAUUUCCAGAUAGUAUAAUAAAUACUUUGUGUUUUCGCAUAUAUCGCUAUAAUAGCCAAUGCUAUAGUUCCAUGUUAUUUUACCCAUGCAUGAUUGAGUGUAGCAUACUUGCACAACUGCAUGAAACACUUUAAUUAAUAUAUAAUGUCACUAUCAAUCCGUAUAAUACACGUUAAUAAAUGUUUAGUAUAAGUUUAUUGUAUAAAAAUAUAAAACAUUGUGCUGAAAA